CUUAUGUUUUAUGAGAGCGAUCUUGUUGUGUCGCGACGCGUCCGGUGCUCUUGCUGCUCUGAAUUUACCGGGCACCGCUCCUCAUCAGCGCGUCCAGCCAAUGACCACACGCGCUGCAGCCACAGCAGGAACUGCGCCCAACGCGCCGCCCGCGCGUCACCAGCGCAGACCUCACCAACACGCUCAGCUCGCCGCCUUCAUCGCGCCGAUAAGCGCUGACGGACGAAGCCGGAGGGGAGAGAUAUGGAGGGACAGAAACUCUGACUUCCGAGGAACCCACACGCAGGGGCGGAUGGACGCGAUAUUGCUCUCCUAACAGCAUCAUCAUCAUGCUCCCUCGAAGUAUGAAGACAUCUGGAGUAGAGCUGCCGGGUGUGGGGCCGAGAGAGGUGCCCCUCAUCGGAUAUCGACCCCUACAGCCAGAUGUGGACGGCCAUAAGGAUCAGCUGUGGAAGGAGAAUGAAAACAGGGAGGCAGAUCACACACAGGGGGAGCCGUCCCCGAUGAAGACCACAUGGUACUGUCCACUGGACCUGUCCACUGUGUCCGAAAUGGAGGAAGACGGUAUCAUCUACACUGUGGUGGUAAAACAAGGACACAUUUCCCCCGCCGGCCCGCAGUCCACAGCAUCCCGCUCUCAGCACGUCAAAGCAGGGACAGAGGAAAAGCUGGUCCUCCAUCUCUUUCAUUCCUUCUCCAUGGGCGACUCCUCCUUCAUCUCCAUCUUCCUCUCCACCUAUCGCUCGUUCACCUCCACCCAGAGAGUGCUGGACAUCCUGAUUGACAGGUUGGGAAAUCCUCCUGGGGAGAGCAAUAGUAACACUCGUCAGAUGUUCAAUAAGUAUGGCGAUCCUACCAAAGGUGUGACAUCUCCUGAUCCCUCGGAGUUUGAUGCCACCAGCAUCCUGGGGUUUCCAUCCAGUGUGAUCGCAGAGCAGCUGACCAGGAUCGAGACAGAUCUGUUUCUGAAGCUGGUGCCCUAUCACUGUCUGGGGUCUCUGUGGUCUCAGAGAGAUAAGAAGGGCCGGGAAGGAGCGUGCUGGUCGGUCAGAGCUACUAUCAAGCAGUUUAAUUGCUUAGCAAACGCUGUCACAGCCUCGUGCUUGUGGAACACGGCUCUGAAGAGCCAACAGAGGGCCAGACUGCUGGAGAAAUGGAUCAGCGUCGCAGAGGCCUGCAGAAGCAGGAAGAACUUCUCCUCACUGUACGCCAUUCUGUCAGCGCUGCAGAGCAACCCCAUCCACAGACUGAGAAAGACCUGGCAGGAAACAGACAGAGAAGCUGUGAGGAGAUACGAGGAACUUUCUGACAUCUUCUCAGAGAAAGACAACUACUCCCAGAGCCGUGAGCUACUCAAAGAGGAGGGGACUUCCAAAUUUUCAAACCUUGACACUAAAAUCAACAACAGGAGAUUUACAGGGUCGUGCGCUCAGGGCACUGUGCCGUACCUGGGCAUCUUCCUCCGAGAUCUCACCAUGCUGGACACUGCAGUCAAAGACCGAUUAGAGAAUGGCUUCAUCAACUUCGAUAAAAGACGACGGGAGUUUGAAGUCAUUGCUCAAAUUCGCCUCCUUCAGUCCUCGUGUAGAAACAGCAUUUUCAGAACGGAUGAGACGUUUGUUCAGUGGUAUCACAGCGUACCUACUCUGCGCGAAGAGGAAAGCUACAAGCUGUCCAAUCAGAUUGAAGCACCGGGCGAGCCGAGUCCUGGCCGUGGCCUGAACCCUACAGUGAUCAUCACACAGUGUCCAGACGCUCUCUCAGCCGUCGCAAAUACGACAAUGGAUGCUGAUGGCAUAUUUGACUUCCCGUCUCCUGUCAAUCACCUGCUGUCCAGGCUUUACAAGCAUGUGAAAUCCCCGUCCGUUUCCUGUCUGGAUGUUGAUUCGUCACCGCCGCCCAAUGAUGCCACGCCCUCCGUCCUGACCACACCCACUACAGCUGUCAAAUCACAUCGGCGGUCUGUCUCCUGCGGCAACAACCCCACCAAUAACAAACCAGAGGCGGGGCCUGAUAUGAGAAUCGUCAGGAUACGGAUGGAUUUACAUGACGGCAACUUAUACAGAAGCAUUCUGGUCACCAGUAAUGAUAAAACACCCACUGUAAUCAGUUCUGCAUUAGAGAAGCACAACCAGAAUGCUCAAGAAGUGUCCAAAUACGAGCUGAUCCAACUGCUGCCGGAGGGGAAAGAGUUAAUAAUACCUCCCACAGGAAACGCCUUCUAUGCUAUGUCUUCAGCUAGCGUGGACUUCCUGUUAAGAAGAAGAGGAGGAAAUACACCAACAGGGUCUCCGACUCUUGGCAACGAAACCAGCGCAACCUUUCCACGAAUCAAAGCCAAGGGCAGAAGACUAGUUCGGACACUAUUUUAACAUAAAAACAGGAUAUUCCCGUCCAAGUACUUUCAAAAGAAAAGACACAAAAUAUUUCAUUCAGAGCUCUUUGACGUAACUGUGUAGAAUCGACUCAAAUAAGUCAUUUUCAUAAGUCCUAAUAUUAGUAAUUUGAGUGAAAGCUUGGUUGAAAUGGCUCUAAGAUGUUAGUUACUGCUAAACAUUGCACUAUUUUUGCAUUUCAUAAAUCCAAAAUGAAUUUCAAGACAGAAUCACGUACCUUUUGCUGAUGCCAGCAUUUCCAUUACUUCCCCCGUCUACCUCUAAAGCUAGCAGUCCAUUGGUUACAGAAUUUUCUGCAUUAUUAAUGAACAUCAAACGGGGAUAGAGCAGCUAAAAGAUCCCAGCAUAAGAAAAUAAACACUUACAGAAGGUACUUACACCUGUCUAAUAUUUCAACCUACCUGAAGAUGAGUCGCAAAACCACUGCCGCUCUCCAAUGUCCUCACCAAGUAUGCAAACUGAUAGUUGCUUACUGUGUACUUUCUCUUUAAAUAUUUAUACAGAAUUCAUUAUGGUUUAUGGUAAUAUCGAGACUCUGUUCCAAAACCUAGUAUAAAGUUAAAAGUGUAAAACUAUCUAAGGCAGGAAACUAAUUGAAACGGAUCCUCAAAAGAGACCGAUCUGAAUCACUCUAAAUUGGCAGCAACUCUUAGGCCGCACGUGGGAGACUUUACAAUCGAUUUCAAUACAGUUUGAUGUUUGUUUCUAAGCUAACAGCACAAUAAUCUAGUAAGAAUAAUAAUACACUACUUUCCAAAAGUUUGGGGCCGCUAAGAUUUUCAAAAGAAAUUAAUACUUUUAUUCAGCAAGGUUA